UAUUUCUUUACGUAAAUGUCGCAAUUGUAAAUAAAACGGGAAAGAUACAGUGUGUGAAUGCUGUGAAGACCAGCAGCGCAUGCGCAUUGCGCGCGCUCCAGCAAAUGAAACUUUGGCUGAUGAAGACACGAAAACAAGCAACAAGGAUCGAUUACUGAACAUUCGGUCUGAGAGAUGGCCUCUUGCUCUGAGGUUUGUGGGUCUGGUCACGCGGUCGACUCCAGCUGUCGUGUUUUCGGAGUGCGCUCCUAUUUACACCACUUCUACGAAGAGUGCACAGCCUCAAUGAGGGAGCAGCAGGAGGAUUUUCAGGGCCAGAGAUCACCGCUGCGGUGGAGCUCAGGCUUCUGGAAGGUCACUCUUGCGGUUGGUGUCAUACUCCUGACUGUGGGGCUGGUGGUCAUGACAGUGGGCUAUGCCAUCCCCACUCGCAUUGAGGCUUUCGGUGAAGGCGAACUGCUGUUCGUGGACCGACAGGCCAUGCGCCACAAUCACUCGCUACACAUAUGUGUUCUGGUUGGGACAGGGCUUCUCAGUCUGGGCGGGGUUCUGAUGGCAGGUGGAAUCCUGAAGUCUAACUUCUCCACAACUCCCACAAAAAAGGAAGACUCAAGAGGAGAACGGAAGGGGGGGACCAGAGUCCUGAGUGCAAUGAGAAGCCCAGCAGACCCUGUAAUGAAGCCUCCCAGUCCAGCCUCUAGUGACGGAGUGUCUCCUCUCGCUAGGGAAGAUAAAGUUCAGCAUUGCUCAUAAAAGAGCUGUUUGAGAGUGCCCGUUCAAGAGUGCUGUCGAAAAAAUCAGCAGAAGCUCCUUGUUUAUUUCAAUGAGAAAUUUGGGAGACUUAUUUGUGUUUGAUAAUUAUGUGAUAAGAGCCUUAAAUGAUUAAUUAUUUCUUGUUUUAUCAAAACAACAAGUAGAGCAAAUCUGUGCCAUCUGUUGUCCUGUACUUGUAUAGUUAUUGUCAAAAUAAGUUUUGUAUUUUUCUACAUUACAGUAUUGAUCAAACGAACAGCCACUAAGUGGUUGCAAGGCAGCAAAAGAAAGCUUUUGAGUAAAAUGAUUUUAAAAAAAAUACUUUUAUUCAGCAAUUAUGGAUUAAAUUGAUCAAAAGUGAUAGCAAAGACAUUUAUAAUGUUACAUCAGAUUCUUUCACAUAAAUGUGGUUCUUUUGAACUAACUAUUCAUCAAAGAAUCCUUAAAAUCAUGGUUUCCACUUAAAUAAAAUUAAGCAGCACAACUGUUUUCAAAACUGAUAAUAGUAAAAAAAAAUAAUAAUAAUAAUGUCAGCAACUCAGCAUUUUAGAAUGAUUUCUGAAGGUCAUGUGACACUGAGUAAUCACAAUGGAGCUGACAAUUCAGCUUUGCCAUCACAAAAAUAAAGUACAUUUCAAAAUACAUUAAAAUAGGAAACAGUUCUUUUAAAUUGUAAUAAUGCUUUACAAUAUUAUUACUGCUUUUACUGUAUUUUUUUAUCAAAUAAAAGCAGGCUUGGUGAGGCUUCAAAAGCAUUAAAAAAAAAUCUCACUACCCCAAAUUUUUGAACGGUAGUCUAUAUUAAAUAUAAAGAGAUUACUAUUUAAAGCAUCUUUUGUGCCCAGUGUGCACCUUUUCAAGUGUUUUAAAGUUAAAGAUGUUUUAAGAAAGAAAAGACCAACCACAAUUCAUUAUGCAAAUGCAAAAGUUAUAAUGAUGUUAGCUGUUGGAAUUCGAAUGCUAAAGUUUCUGAGCACAAGUUGAAGUGGAGUCUGAUGUUAUGUGGUUUGGGUUGACUUAAUUUAGGAAGAGCCUUAGAAUUUAGUAGCUUAGAACAAGCCAUAACCAGAAUGUUUGAGGAAUAGCAAUACAGUGCUGCCUUGCAAACUCUGUAGAAAAUGCAGGUCUGUCAUUAUAAUAUGCACAAUCCGGCACAAACCUACUCUCAAUGUCUCUAUUUCUGGAUCCUUGACAUCUUUUUCAGUCAGAAAUUCUGUUCUUAAUAUUUUUCUCUUUCUAACUUACUCUUUCAUCAGCUGCAGUUAAAUAGAAUGUGAGAGGCUAAAAGGGAUUUACUGUACACCAUAAUUGUCUACAGUCUCAUUGUCUCAUUAUGUUAAUGUAUUUAAAUGCUCUUCUCUAAACAAGCCCAAUAAAUCAAUGUCAGCAAACUUAA